AACUGUUCGCCUAUAAACACCAGGCAGAAAUGCGUCUUAGACAAACAAACAAAUUACAAGUUCUGAAAUCACCUGACGAGCGUCACCGCAGAGAUAACGCAACACCAUAUCGCCACCUUGUGGAGAUGACCGCGCAUUACAUAGUCUGCGCGCCGAGUCGGGGGAAUCUUUAAAAAGCCACUGAUUUCUUUUUCGAUAGGGAGUCUUCACUCAUUGUUUGGCUCUCGUUAGCUGAGCGGGCUCGGAACCAGGCCGAACCCGCUUCAUUCCUUCUCAUGGGCUUAAUGUCAUUCUAAGCGUCUGGGCUGCUGUGCGACUGCGACCUGAACCCUGCCAGCUAUUUAAACCUAUUUAACCUCAGGGAAGGGCUUGGAAUUAAAAUUGACACCCGGGUUUGUGCGUCAGGCACGUCUUUGCAGGAAAGCGGUCAAUGAACGGGGUAAAACUGAGCCACGACAGAACAGGGGGGGUUAACCAGCUUCCUCAGGCUGGCAGGUGCUGGUUGCGUUGAGAGGGUCCACUGUGGGCUACUCUUCCACCUCCGACUGUCCGAGUCCUCUGUGGACUGCGCGGCUGUUUACUCCGCUGCUAAUAAGAGCCAUUCUAUGCGUAAAACCGUGUCCAUUAAUAGGGAAAGGCCCCCAGUUUCUAUUGGUCCAGCCGGCGUCUGGGCGUUUUCAUCGUUAAACGCGAGUGGGAGGGCAGAGGAGCGCGGCGCUGGGUGUCAGAAGUGGCCCGGGAGUGAUGCGUGAGAGGAGGGUGACGGUAUAAAUAGCAGCGCCGUGCAGUCCGCGGGCAGCCGGAGAGCGAGGAGCCUGAGCCGGCUCACACGGUAGCUUUGGCUGUGUGGACGAAGCUGCAGGCUGAAGGUUCCCUGAUGAAGGCAUGUGCUGCUGGAUACUCGGUGUCCGUGUCGGUCAGUUAGCGCCCUUUCAGACCGAGAACAGUGUAGCAGCGUUUGAAAAGCGCUGAAUAUAAAGUAACUCCCCACCCCCCGGUUUAAGCUUCAGUUUCGGGGAAAAUGCGCUCGUGGUUUGCGGCAGCGCUGCUGGUGGUCUGUGUGGUGGGGACGAGUCUCUCUGACUCGGAGGAAACUCUACCUGUUCGGCUGAGCGGCGGACGGGUGUCGAAGAGGAGCGAGGGGCAUCCGCGCUUCAGGCUCGCCGCCUUCGGCAGGAACUUUACACUGAAUUUAAGCCCGGACAGCAGCUUCAUAUCGCCCACCAUGAAGAUCUACCGCAUUAAAGCGAAGCACUCCGCUGGGCAGGGUCGGGGGAGGGGGGCGAGGCAGGUGUCCGGCGCGGCUCCCUCCACACGUCCUCUCAGAGCCGCGAACACGACGAGGGAGAGCGGAGCGGACCUGAGAGGCUGCUUCUUCACAGGAACCGUGGACUCCAGCGCGGACUCCGUGGUGGCCGUCAGCCUCUGUCACGGUAUCCUGGGGUCAUUCGUUACUGGAGGGGAAGAGUUUCAGAUUGAGCCCAAACGCGUCGGCUCAGAGCGCUCCACUCAGCAGCUGCACGUCAUCAGGAGGAGAAGGUUAGCUGAGGAGCUUCUUGGAGCAACGACUUCAUUUGGACCAGCAGAGGAUGGACACUACAGAGGACCGUGUUCAGCUGGAGAAGUUAGAGGGGGUGCAGGGGAGAGCCAGGAGACACUUGGAGAUGGUACAGUUACAGGGGGUGCAGAGGAGAGCCAAGGUACAUUAACAGAUAGGACAGUCAGAGAGGGCACAGAGGAGAGCCAAGAGACUUUUGGAGAUGGUACAGUUAGAGAGCGUGCAGAGGAGAGCCAAGAGACUUUUGGAGAUGGUAUAGUUAGAGAGCGUGCAGAGGAGAGCCAAGAGACUUUUGGAGAUGGUACAGUUAGAGAGCGCACAGAGGAGAGCCAAGAGACCUUUGGAGAUGGUACAGUUAGAGAGCGCACAGAGGAGAGCCAAGAGACCUUUGGAGAUGGUACAGUUAGAGAGCGCACAGAGGAGAGCCAAGCUACAUAUACAGAUAGGACCAUUAGUGAGGGCACAGAGAGUACAGACGGUCCAGUCAGAGAGAGAACGGUUAGUACUGUGACCCCCAGGCAAAGGCGCUUUGUGUCCACACCAAGAUUUAUUGAAACUCUGGUGGUCGCAGAUGCCUCCAUGUCCAGAUUCUACGGAGCGGAGUUAAAGCACUACAUCUUGACUUUGGUGUCUGUGGCUGCCCAGAUGUACAAGCAUCCCAGCAUUAAGAACUCUUUGAACAUAGUGAUAGUGAAGGUGUUGAUUGUGGAAGAUGAAGAGGUUGGACCAACUGUUUCCAGCAAUGGGGGUUUGGCACUGCGCAAUUUCUGCUCCUGGCAGCAGCUGUUCAAUCCCUCCAGCCAGAGGCAUCCAGAGCAUUUUGACACUGCUGUGCUGUUCACUAGAGAGGAUAUCUGUGGCCAUCAGAGCUGUGACACGCUGGGCGUUGCCGAUGUGGGGACCAUGUGUGACCCUAAAAGGAGCUGCUCCGUUAUUGAAGACAACGGACUGCAGGCGGCCUUUACAGUAGCCCACGAACUGGGCCACGUGCUGAGCAUGCCUCAUGAUGACUCCAAGAACUGUGAGAGGCACUUUGGACAUGUGGCUCAGCAUCACAUUAUGGCUUCUGUGUUCAACGGUUUCAGUAAAACGUCUCCCUGGUCUCCGUGCAGUGCAUUCUACGUCACUGAGUUCUUUGACAGUGGUUACGGAGAUUGUCUGCUGGAUGCUCCUGAGAAGGUGAUGCCCUUGCCCACUGAGUUGGCUGGUCUGACUUUUAGUCUGGACCGCCAGUGUCAGCAGACCUUUGGGGAGGGGUUCUCAUAUUGCCGCAACAGUUCAGCUGACGAGCUGUGCAGCCAGCUUUGGUGCCAACAGGAAGGUCAGUCUGUGUGCACCACCAGAAACGGAAGCCUACCCUGGGCAGAUGGAACAGAGUGCGGCCCUAACUAUUCCUGCCUGGACGGUGUGUGCACUGCUGUUGAGGAGGUCAUGAGACCAAAGGUGUCUGUGGACGGAGGCUGGGGCGAGUGGCGGCCGUGGCAGCAGUGUUCCAGAUCAUGUGGCGGAGGAGUAAUGUUCUCAUACAGAGAGUGUGAUCAGCCAACUCCUCAGAAUGGUGGGAGCUACUGCGAGGGCCAGAGAGUGCGGUAUAGGUCCUGUAACACGCAGGCCUGUGAAAACAGCCAUGGGAAGCGCUUCCGAGAAGAACAGUGUGAAAAGUAUAAUAAUCCCAAUCACUUUGACAUUCAUGGAAACAUCAAGCAGUGGAUACCAAAAUAUGCUGGAGUGUCACCGCGGGACAGGUGCAAACUCUUCUGCAGAGCAAGAGGCAGCAGUGAAUUCAGAGUGUUUGAAGCCAAGGUAACUGAUGGAACGACAUGUGGUCCAGAUACCACAUCAAUCUGUGUCCAUGGCCAGUGCAUCAAAGCAGGCUGUGACCUGGAGAUCGGCUCCACCAAGAAGUUUGACAAAUGUGGUGUGUGUGGUGGGGAUGGACUCAGCUGUAGGAAGAUAUCUGGAUCGUACAACAAAGUCGUCCAUGGUUAUAGUGAUAUCAUAACAAUCCCAGUCGGAGCCACCAACAUCGACAUCAAGCAGCGCAGCCACGGAGGCGUAAAACAUGACGGAAACUACCUCGCGGUCAAGCGAGAAAACGGCGAGUAUAUACUGAAUGGCAACUUCUCAGUGUCCACUGUAGAGCAGGACAUUCCAACUCGUGGAGCUAUUCUCAAAUAUAGUGGCUCGGCCACCACGUUGGAGAGGAUUCAGAGUUUCCUUCGGCUUCAGGAAAGCAUCACAAUACAGUUGCUUUCCACUGCUGGGGAGGCGAGCCCACCAAAGGUCAAAUACACAUUCUUCAUUCCUAAAGGCGUCUCUUUCAAUAAACCCAAAGAGAGGAACACAUCUGUCCAUAUGAUUCAUCCUUUCGGCGUUCCGCAGUGGGUGUUAGGAGAGUGGGCAGAGUGUUCCAAAAGCUGCGGCUCGGGAUGGUCAAGGAGAACCGUGGAGUGCAAGGAUAAUGCUGGCUUCUACUCAAACCACUGUGACAAAGACCUCAAACCCAGAGAUAUCAGGCCUUGCGCAGACCUACCAUGCCCCAUUUGGCAAAUAGGGCCUUGGUCUUCAUGUUCCCGAACAUGUGGUCUUGGAGAACGCCACCGCAGCGUGCUCUGCAUCGAUUACACUGGGAAGGCUGUUGAGGAAGAAAAGUGUGAUGCUUCCAAGCAACCCAAGCCGGUAUCUGGAGACUGUAUGUACCAGGAAUGCUAAGAGCCUCUAUGUAGGCUUUGGCCAAAGAGGAGGCUAGAUAUUUCAGAAUGAACUACUAACCACCUUGACAGAGUCAAAGCAGGAAAGGCUUAAUUUUAGAACGAAGAACUAAACUGACCUGAGUGACCAGGCUUCGGCCUGUUUGAAUGAAGCUUUGUAUUCUUGAGUGCUGUUGCCAACAUUUAUUUAUAACCACUAUUUUUCAGUAGAGAUCUACCUCAAAAGGGAUUUAUUGUGUUUUUAAUAACGUCCUCUCCCUUUUUUCCGUGCAGUGAAGCUGUUGAACAAAAGCUGCCAGACAGUCCACUCCUCAUAAUUCAUUUUCCACACAUUUUAUCUUUUGCAAUUCCAGGUGCUGCUGUAGAUAGGAUGUGAAUUUGGUAAAUCCUUGCCUUUCCCCUGAAGUGCCAAAGUGAUACUAGUGCGUAACAUUGCAUAUUUCUACAUAUUUACAGAUUUAUUGCUGUAUAAGUCUUACAGAAAGAUUAAUUGCUAUUGUUUUAUAUAUUCCUGGCUAUCAGAAGAGUUCAUACAGUAUGUCCUGUUAUUGGGUCAAGGUGCUAAUGAUUUCUUUGCAUUGUGUUAUCUUUUACAUGUGAUAUGAAGCCAAUUGAAUCAUCCUUCCGGUUUAUGGUAGCUUUGAACAGACAACAUGCUUUCAUUUACUGUAUUGCCGGUCUUUUGUUUGUGCCAAUUGUCAGAAACUUGCAAUUAUGUCAUAUUACAGCUAAUUAUAAUUAUUUUGUACAGCUACUCAAAUGUACGCUAAUGUAUAUAUGUGUUUCAAACUAUCUAGAAAGUCAUACAGUUGGAUGUUCAUUCAGAAUGAAUGACUUUUAUAGCCUGUACAGAACUGUUUACAUCAAAAGUGAACAUACCUGUGGCCGGUAAGAUUAUUAUGACUGCAAAUAGCGAAAAAAGGUGAACCACAGAGUCAGUAGGGUGCUUCCCUGCUCGUUCCUCUGUUUUGUCGUAGUUAAUAUUAGGAUAUGCAGUUCUGUGCCACCCUUUAUUUAUUUAAUUCUCAGAGUGGACAUUUCGUACAAGUUAAGUGACUUUACUACAGAGUCUGUUCUAUUCAGGAGUCUUGCUUUCAGGUUUUCCACACCUCCAAAGUUCAGCCUUAGAAGCUGGUUCUCUUUUCUGCUUCUCACAAUCCAAGUCAUUCGACGACGGUAACAGCUUCUUGAACUUCUCCUCUCUCUCAAAGACGAACACUGUGUAUCUGAUGGUGACAGAGUUGGUGAUUAGCAGUUGUCAGGGGUCCCGUUUUCUCUACAUCUCAAUCAUUUUUUGAACUCUAGCUUUGGAAACGCUUGUUUUUUUCUCUUAUUUUCCUUUGACCUUCCUCUUCCUUAUGCAGGUGGAUUAUCUUAUAUCUAAUCUCCUCAGGAAUUUGCCCUGAAAAUUGAAUAUCUGAAUAACUUAAUGGCCAUUUUGAGUGGAAAUUAAAUGAAGGGUGGUCUUUGACUUCUGUACAGUGCUGGAGUUUAGUACAAUUUGAGACAUGGUGCAGCUGCAUUAUCACCAAUAGAGUAGAUGAAAACUCUUUGAAAAUGUGCCCACAUGAACAAAUUGGUCACCCAUUCAUGUGUAAUGUAAUAAUAAACCCUUGUAUGAUUGUUCCAGUUGUGUAUAUUACAUGUAUCAGACAUACAGUAUAACAAAUACGGCAACACACAUUAUCCCUUCAGUGAAGGACCAUGCUGUUUUUAUUUUGUAAGAGCUUUCUCACAGAGCUAUUUAUUUUUGUAACGUUUGUCUUUUUUUAAAAAAAAACAAAACAAAACAUUUCAGAUGCUGCUGUCUUUUUUUUGGACAUCUGUAAAAUGAGCAAAUGCACAGGUAUAUGAAUGUUCCUCUGUGUGAGUGGAUUUUUUUGAAGCUUUUAAUUUAUCACAACUCAGAGCUUUGUGUAAACGCUUGUGUAUAAUGGAAAAUCUCUCCUGCCUCUGAGGAGAUACGAAGCUGAGAAGCAGCUGCGCUCCCUCCUGCAGUGGACUCAACAUUUUGGCUCUCAGCGAGAUGCAUCUGCAACAACUGUUAUAUAACCUGUCAUUUUAUUAUAUAUCCUUCUGCCCUUAUCUUAAAAAGUCUCAUUUUCAAGCAAUCGCAGUCCUCCAACACACUGUAGAGGAAUGCUUGAGAAACAGCACUCUUUGAAAUGAGGGACUCCUUUUUGUGAUCGUUUUCCAUUGGAGUCCAGAGGAAAGUGUUCGUGGCAGCCAAGGUUGGCCUGAUGUCUGUGAUUUCUUCCCUUCCGAGAUGCAUCCAUGUGUCCACACACAUGAAGCUCAGACUUUGCCUUUCAGCCCAUUCAGGUUGACCAUGCCUUGAUAAAUGAAUGGCGCGUUAAUGGAUGCAUUUAAAUGUAUGUAUAUCUGUUGGUUUGUGGUCGUCCUCGCUCAUCUUGUCACUCUGUAUGGCUUUGAAGAAAUAAAUGAAUCCUUUGCAUUAAAUGAGUCACAUCACUAA